UUCAAAAUGAAUAUUGUUGAAACAAUUUUCCAUCAUAAAACGAAUAUUAACAACUAUUUCUCAACUAGCUUAAAAAGUAUAUGCAAUGCCAAUUCACAAUGGAUUGUCUCAGAAUCCAUUGCCUGGGUGUUCUGGUACAGAGUUGCCCUUGCAAUUCCUUUUCUGACACAAAUCUAGGUUUCAAAACAUGGGAUGGAAUAUUAUUAUUUUCUAGUCCACUUCAUUCCAUUUGUGUGUGUGUGAGCGAGCGCACGCAUGCAGGGAAUGCUUCAACUAUGGGGUAUGAUACCUUCGAUUAUCCUAUAAGAAGUCAUGAUUUUGCACCAAGUUACAGCAAACAAUGGCCGUGCUACAAUGCACGAAAUCCAUCUUUGCAAAACCUCCCUCGAAUUAUACAAGUGGCAUAUGUAGGUCAUAUUGUGUGUCUGAUUGGCGAUCAUGGAACGCCAGAAAGUAUAAAAACUAAUAAGAGGACCAAACCAGAGUAUACAAUUAGGAUUGGACCGGGAGCCAACUCCUUUGUUAUUAUAGCAGACUUCUCGUAAGCACUGAGAAUUGGUCACUAGCUAGGCAAAUGAGCUGCACCAUUGCAUUUCCAGUUCACAUAAGAGAACACAAAUAAAUUAACAGAGAUAAAGAUCUCUACGCAUGAAGACUUACAAUGACACAAGUUCGUAGCUCAUACAGGCUCAAGCACAUGUAGUGGUUGGAUAGCCGUGAGACAUGUCUUCCCUCCUCCUAUAUAGUCACACAUACUCCCUCAUGUAACGACUGCAUGCUGCAUGCCAAUGUAUACAGCUACUUCCUUUUCUCU